AUGGCCAUCUACGAGGUGGUGAAGACGGGCAUCGAGCGGCAGGCGGCCCUCGAAGAGGAGGAGCGAGGAGAAGGCAGAAGAACUGCUGAAGAUGAAGUUGAAGAUGGAGCAAAUGGUGGUAAUGGUGGUGAUAAUGGUGGUGAUAAUGCCACCGCUGCUGCUACUUCUGCUGGCGAUCAUCAGUCGAUGCUGCUGAUGGUAACCACCGACAGUGGCUACAUUCAGAAGACUUCAUCAUCUUCGGUGGCGGCGACGAGCAGUGAUGAGGCUGCUUCGGCUUCGGCUGCAGAUGGAGAUCAGCUGAAGAAGACCAUCAACAAAAAGAAGGAGGAUAAGGAGGUGGAGAAGAGUGCUGGCGCUCGCAACCGAAGCACCAGCAAAAAGCGCUCCUCUUCAG